AUGCCGCUCUCCCCAGAAGACCUGGGCAGUCUGAUGACAGCUCGGAAGGCCUUUCUCGAGGAUGAUAGCUACGGCAUUCCUGAUUUCUUACGUGCCAUUGAGACACAUACUGCCGAAAAGAGCCCGGAACGGGCGGCUUGGUCAAGUCACGUUGAUGCCGUGAACGAAGCGCUGGCAGAGGGCACAGAAGCACCACAAGCACCCGGUGUGAUAGACACAACAAAACCCCAGAAGAAAGCUUCAAAGAAGACGACGCAAACCCUGACAACCGCGUUGGGAGGUACCGACACGGCCAAAAGACACGCCCAGAUCCGGGCUCAGCGGAUCUUGGAUCUCGAAGGUGCUGCUCCGGAAGGGGAGACCGGUCCAUCUCGAACAAAGAAUGCGGAGAAGAAACGUGCAGGAGCACCCCGGGAUACACUGGUGGAUGACUUGGUCAUCGAGGAAGUAGAGAUACUGGACAACGGCAAGAAGAAGACCUGGACGUACUGUAUUGCAUGUGACGAUGAUCCUACUCCGUUCCGUAAUCCGGGUCGAAGCCGGAAGCAUGCACUUGACUGCAAGAUGCUUUCCAAGUUGUUCCCAAAGCUGUACCAGAGAGUGUGUGAAGAUAAUGCCAGCCGUGCAAAGGGAAAUCUGCCUUCUGUGCGCACUAAGAAGAAACAAGCUGCCGCAUCACCGGUUACAGCUGCCACCCCCAUGGAGCUUGAUUUGGAUUCGGAGAUAUCUGCCGAUGAAGACGAGCCGUCAAACGACAACGCAACGCCAGAGUCUUCUGGGUCCGCUGAGUCAAAGAAGGGUACUAUCAUGGAGUACUUCGAGCCUGUGAAGAUGACACCGGCCCGUCAAGCGGCGAUCGAUCUUGCACUAUUCCAGCUCGUCAUCUGUGCUGCGCUGCCAUUUUCCUUCGUGGAGAACCCUUGGCUGAUCAACCUUCUCUCGGUCCUCGUUCCCAACUACAUCACUCCGGAGCGCAGUGCGUUCUUCACCCGACAAAUCACCGAGCAGAUCUCCGCAUUCAACGUCACUUUGAAGGCCUUCCUGCUGAAUCGCUUCUACCUGACUCUUUCGCUCGAUGGCUGGAGCAGUCGGAGACAGGAUGAGAUAUACACGUUCCACACAACACUUCUGAGUCGACGGUCUAUCUUCACGCUCGGACAUGUCUUCAAUGGCGUGGCGGUUACGGCGGAAGCGUUGCUGGCUGUUGCUAAGGAGAAGAUCCUCAAGAUCUACGGUGCUGCUUCGUAUAGUGCUGUUGUCGGUGAUGGUGGAAGCAAUGUACGCGUGAUGCGAAGGCUGAUUGCGGCAGCCUUUCCGUGGAUAUUGAACAUCUACGACCCAAGUCACCUUCUUAACCUCUUCCUGAAGGAUAUUGGAAAGCUGUUCAAACCGGAACUUGCAAUCAUUGCAGGCAUCUCUAACUACUUUGCCCAUUCCAAUUCCGCGACCCAUGCCUUGGCAGUCAAACGCAACGAUCUAGGAAUCAAGACAGGCAUCAAGUCUGCAUCCGACACUCGAUUCGGGACAUCAUAUAUUCAGGCCUUUGCUCUGCGACUCUGCUUCCCAGCUAUUGUUGCAUGUCUGCAGUCUGGGACUAUUGCGUUUGAUACGAAAACGACACGGCGCUUCCUUCCUUACUUUGAUCCUGAUCAUCUUGAAUACCCGGGCUUCCAAUCCAAACUUUCCGCACUCAUUCAACUUCUCGAGGCCGGGGCAAACGGUAUCACAGCGCUCGAGGGGCAGAAUGUAACAUGCGCUGAUGUAUUCUACGUAUGGGUCACAAUUGCCUGGCAUCUCGAGCGCCUUGUUGGCAGUUUGUCGAAGGGUUUCACGAAGUAUCGGUCGCAGAUCAUCAACAUCUACAAUGCUCGUUUCGAGCAGAUGAUGACCGAGUCCUCUCAUAACCUCUUUUUACUUGCGUACUUCCUUCAUCCCCUCUACUUUGCACAAGGAGGAUUGAAACUAGUCCUGCCAAAUCUUCGUGAGGGCGAAAAGUACGACAAGGAUCAGUGGAGCGACAUGUUCCGGACCCUCCGUCUAUCAGCAAGAGCCGUCUUACACGGCGAGCAGAAACGUCUCAAUGCUGAAUGCAAGGCCGAUGCCAAACGCUUGACAGAGCAGCUUGUUCGAUGGGCUUGCGGACAUUCUCCGUUCCAUCGACGUGGGUUUGUGACACGCACGGACAAGGCACUGGACUACUGGACUGCAUUGAAGCAUGAUUCAAAUGCAGACGUUCUGGCGACUGUUGCUAUUGUCCUCUUCUCCAUUUCGCCUUCAGAGAUCUGUGAUGAGCGCACCGCAUCUCUUCUCGGGUGGACAAAUUCUGCUCGUCGCAGCUCCAUGACCCCCAAGAACCUUGUGUAUUCAGCCCAGCUCUCCCAAUGGUACAAGAACGGCUUCACCGAGGGCGAAUAUCAACACACCUCGACAGCGCAUGUCCGCGUAUCCAACGUCGAUCUAUCAACCGAGUCCGACGUCACUCUGUCGGCACCCACACUCAUGGAUUUACUGAACGACGUCAACAUUGAUCCAAGCACAGAGGAUCAAGAAGCUCUUGAGAAGAUGCUCUUUGAGCAAGAAGAUCCUUAUGACUUGGAGGAGUCGGAUCGUGUCGACAACAACGUCAUUUCGGAGUCCGCUCACACGAAUCCCACUCCCACGCCGUUCAUCACACGCUCCUCCAGUCGAUGGGCUGUCGCUGACUUCGUACGCCUUGACAGUCCGGCACUGGCUGGUCUCAUCCUUCCUAGCGCCGCACCUACUACCUCCAAAACAGUCGCAGCCCCAGCUGUGGUCACCAAAGAGAUCGUGAAUCAGCCUUGGGAUCCCACGGCAGAUAGCGACGACGAGUAA